AUGCCUGAAGAGGAUUCGGAGGAAUGGGAGACCAUACCACAGCCUGGUGUGAGAUCCAUCUGCAAACGAAUCUGCAUUCCGAGUUUAGUGGGGGGUCCACAGAGGUAUAUAGAUCAGUUGGGAGCUUCGCCUGAUUGUGUGCCUGAUAUUUAUGCUUUCCCAACUCACCUGGAGUUGAAAUCAUUGGGGCAGAUGUCAAAACAGGAACUGAUUGCAGCUCAGGAGGAUGAUGCCGCCAUCAAAUCUGCCAUACAAGCUGUUAAAUAUGGCAAAUGGCCAGAAGAGAAUGGAUCUUGUUCAGAGCACUCUCGUCUAAAAAAAGAGAUAGGGAAACUGAUGAUGAAAGAUGGGCUACUCCAUCGCUUAAGCAAGCGGCCCUCCGGUGAAGAACUCACUCAACUUGUCUUGCCCAGCGUGUUCAAAGAAGUGGUGUUGAAGGCCACCCAUGAUGAGCUCGGACACCUUGGUAUUGAAAGAACUACAGACUUGUUGAGGAGUAGGUUCUUUUGGCCGAAACUGGCAGGUGAUGUUGAGCAGUAUGUAAAGAACUGUGGAGAAUGCGUCACUCGGAAAACCCCCUGUCAUAGGGCAGCGCCUUUACAUCACAUUUCAAGCAAUGGACCGAUGGAUCUGGUAUGCAUCGAUUUUCUGUCCAUGGAGCCAGAUUCCACAGGUAUCAGCAAUGUGUUAGUGGUCACGGAUCAUUUUACCCGUUAUGCGCAGGCUUUCCCAUCCCGAAAUCAGAAAGCGCAGACGGUGGCAAAGAUCCUGGUGGACAAGUAUUUCCUGCAUUAUGGUUUGCCAGCCAGAAUCCACUCAGAUCAGGGGAGAGACUUUGAGAGUCAGCUAAUAAAAGAGCUCUUGAAGAUGAUGGGCCAAGUUGAUUUAGCCAAGCUAAAAGAAGACUUGCAAAGAGCUUACAAGCUUGCCUCUGAAGCAGCCUAUAAGACACAUCAGAGGAACAAGAGGUCAUAUGAUAAAAGAGUGGGAUUCCAGACGUUGGAUAUGGGCGACAGAGUGUUGCUUAGGAACUUAGGAUUGAAAGGGAAGCAUAAGUUGGAGAGUCGUUGGAGUCCUAUACCUUACGUGGUCCUGGGAAAGAUGCCCAACCUUCCAGUGUACAAAGUGAAACCAGAGGAUGGAAGAGGAGGAGUUAAAACUCUCCAUCGUGAUCAUCUUCUGCCGAUUGGUCAGUUAGUGAGAAUGCCAACAGUGGAAACUGAGGACAACUCACGUGUCAAGACAAGACCAAAAACAAAAGCUGAGACGCAAAAGAGAUCAAAGGAAGUCUUACCUGAAGUACUUACAGAUUCCUCUUCAGAUGUGGAGUGGAGUUAUGGACAUGGAAAACCCUACAGUACUUACCUGGAGGAGAUCCUGACAAAGGAACAGACAAAAGAAAGAGUUACUAAUGGACAGUCAGAUCUCAUCCAAGAUGAUAGUGAUUCUUCCCAACAGUCAGAUGGAAAUCAUGCUGAGGAUAGUUUGUCAGAGGGAAACAGUUUGGAGGAGGAACGCCACAGUAUGAGAGAAGAGGAUGGAGCUCAAGAUUCUGUUCCUGAAGAAGAAAGUGAUCCAGAGUCUGAUAACCCUUGCCAUGAUGAGCAUCCAGAGAUAAUCACUAAGACAGAUGUGAUUAGCAAAUCUGAAAAUCGUCCAAAAAGGGUAGUGAAACCAGUUAUCAGGUUAACUUAUGAUGAGCCUGGUAAGGCAAAAGAUCAGCCUCUCACUAUUGUGCAUAGAGGUGUUAUCAUUAAGAUUGGCAAGAGUUAAUUUAAAGUAGUCAUGCACCUUUUCCUCUAGUACACUUUAAAAAAUAGAGUUCAUUAUGUUUGAUGAGGACAUCAAAAACAUUUAGAAGGGGGAGGGUGUAACCCAGUUAAAAACAUGAAGUAAUAAGUAAUGUUUGUAGUAUCAUUUAAUAAGAGUAUAUAAAUAGUGUGAUCAAAAAGGUUGGAAUUCAUAUGAUAAAAAUGUUAAAAGCAGUUUUAAAAUGAUUAUAUGUUGUUGACUUUCAUUUGAUAAGUUAGGUUAAAACUGUUAAAAUCAUUUUAAAAAUGAUUGUAUGUUUAUUGUUUUAUGUAAAAGAUAAGGUAUUUCUGAAAACUUUCUAAACCAGCAUUUAUGGGGUUAAUAACAAUCGGCAGUAGAGUGAUGGUCGGGAUUGCAGCACGGAGUGGGGAAGGGGACUAAAGGAGGCGGUAGUGAAGCAAAAGAGUGAGAGUGACACAGAGAUUUUCUGAGUAAAAAGGUAGAAUUAGUAGUGCACAACUGAGUAUGUAACUUGUUUCUGAUGAUUGUUUGCACGACAACCAGAUGAGAAGAGUGACAAGGUGCAUAUUGAGAAACGGGAGGAAUUUCUACGCGAAGUUCAAAGACUGUUUACUUUUGUGCUGUUGCUAAUGCUAACGCUGAGUUACAUUGAAGUACAUGCUGGAGUCAGUUCAUUACAAGUGAACGACGUUUUCUAGUUAAAGUUUGACUCUCAGUUGAACUGUUUGAGGAGGUUAUUUGCUGCUUUCGAUCUGAAGACAGAGAGAGGACUCAUAUAGAGCUUGAAGCAACCAGGAUUUCGCUCGUGAGCUUUACUGAAAACUUGGAGGAGAAAAGAGAGACCGACUUCGUGUUGUAAUGCUGAGCGGAUGAUGUGACUGCACCCGUGACUGUUGGUGAAAGGCCGGGACAGAAACAUUAUCGCAAGGAUCGUGUAGAACACUUUGAAGCUGCAAUGAAACUGCAAUUUUGACCUACAACCAUUUGG